AUGUAUCCUCUUCCCUACCGCUACCUUUUGACUUGCAUUGACAGAGCAACUAGAUGGGUUGAAGCCAUUCCUCUCAUCGACAUUACUGCAAGCUCAACUGCAGUUGCCUUCGUCGCCGGCUGGGUAUCUCGUUUUGGAGUUCCGCUGCAAGUCGUCACUGACCGUGGUGCCCAGUUCGAGAGUGAACUGUUCUCUGAGCUCUCGUCAAUGAUCGGCUUUCAUCACGUUCGUACGACAAGCUACCAUCCACAAGCAAAUGGCAUCAUUGAGAGACAUCACAGGUCUUUGAAGUCCGCAGUCAUGGCAAGACAAGACAAUUGGUAUUUGGCCUUGCCUAUAGUUCUCCUUGGCUACCGUUUGACGCCUAAUAUCUCAGGUUAUUCCCCAUUUACAGCUGUGACGGGUGCCCACAUGAUGUAUCCUUCGCCACUGAUUGAUAGAGAUGCGUCUCGCUCGAUGAAUUUAGCCACCAUCCAGGUUUUCAUCAAUGAGAUGCAGUCCAUUGACUUCAGUGACUUGGCAUCUGGGGAUUGUCACUCAACACCUCACCCGUAUGUGCCCAAGGAUCUCCUCACUUGUCAGAAGGUCUGGCUACGUGUGGACCGCAUUCGCAAAAGUUUAGAGGCGCCUUACUCAGGCCCCUAUGAGGUUCUCCAGCGUGCACCUAAGUACUUCAUUAUCAAGCUUCCACGGGGAAACACUUCGGUCUCCAUCGACCGCCUCAAGCCGGUUUAUAUAAAGGAGCGCGUCAAUAAACAGCCUACCCCUCCAGUUGAUGUAUCUACGCAGUCUAUUGCCAUCCCUGAUUUCCCUCUUCCUUCUGUUUCUAACACCCCUUACACUACACGCAGCGGACGGACGGUUCGGUUUCGACAGCACCCUGACUAUUGUUCUUACUAGGCGAGAGGUCACUGCCUGCCUGACCACAGUGAAACUAGACCUCCCUCAGUUCUGGUUCGCCGUCUAUCCUACCUACUUCUGGAAUUUGGGCCUCUGGUCGUAUUCAUGAAAUACAGUUCUGGACUGCACACGGCUUCGUUUC